AUGCGAAUUAUCUUUAAACUAUUCCUUGCAGUGAAGGACAGCGCAAAGCACAACGCAUGGGCGUGUUACUUGACGCUACUUCCCGAAUGGCCGAGGGAUAACGAACGGGGCAGAGAUUCGAGACCCUCAAGUAGAGAUCAUUCGGUACCUGGUCUCAGCAUGGAUCUCGAGCAUCGUAUUAAGGCUUAUCGCUUCGUAGCCUACUCGGCUGUCACCUUCUCGGUGGUCGCCGUCCUCUCGGUCUGCGUCACCCUCCCUAUGGUAUACAACUACGUCCACCAUGUCAAGAGGACCAUGCACAACGAGAUCAACUUCUGCAAAUCGUCCGCUAAGGACAUCUGGAGUGAGGUCAACCAUCUGAAGAACGUGCCAGCCGGAAACAGAACCGCCCGUCAGGCCGGAUACGGAGAUGCCGGAGUCUCUGGAGGAAGCGCCACUGCUGGAGGAAGCUGUGACUCGUGCUGUAUGCCAGGAGCUGCUGGACCAGCCGGUACUCCCGGUACCCCAGGUCGUCCAGGCCAACCCGGACCAAAGGGACCCAACGGACCUGGCGGACAGCCCGGAGCAGAUGGAAACCCAGGAUCACCCGGACAAGCCGGAACCCCUGGUGGCCCAGGAGAGCCAGGAAUUUGCCCCAAAUACUGCGCCAUCGAUGGCGGAGUUUUCUUCGAGGACGGAACUCGUCGUUAAGA